AUGCCACAGGGCAGCCUCAGGCUGAUGCCUGAACAGAAACACUACUAUGCCGGGACCAAGAGCCUGGGUCCCCCAGUGCCCGAGGCAGCCCUAACACACUGUUCAGGCCUAAAUACCACCCAUGACCUAACGCGGAAGAAGUCAGGUUGUGAGUCCCGGGAGGGGAGGUGGAGGGCGGGGGCGGGGAGGGGCGCGGGAGGGGCGGGGACUUGCUCUGGCCCCGCCCCCUGCUCUCCGGUGCAGGUCGGGCUCCCCCUGGCGGUCCCCGGCCCCGUUCCUCUCCUCGUGCGCCCCCCUCCCGCCGUCGUAGACCCCUGCCUAGCCCAGGUCGGUCUCCGCGGACCCACGGACGGACAGACAGACGGGAGGACGGCCAGCCGCGAGCGCCCGGGCGGCGGGAGGGGGCGGGGAGGCGACGGCCGUGGCGUGAGGAGCAGGAGCAGGUGCAGCGGCGGCGGCGGGCGGGGCCGGGACCCGGCGCGGAGCGGGAGCCGCGGCGCGGGCGGGCGGCAGGGACCGGGAGGCCGCGACUCGGAGUCAGCCCCGCCGGGUCGCGCGCGGGUCCGGGGAGCCGCAGUUGAGCCGGGUGGGGUGGUGACUCCAGAGAACGCAGGAUCCCAAGGAGACAGAGAGGACGAGAGCUGGAGGGGGAUCCGGAGAGCGGCGGGGGCGCUCCGGGAGGGGUGGAGUAGGACAUAG